GAAGAAUUUUAGUGCAUUUGUCGUUUUCUAAAGCAAUUAAAUUAGUUAACCAUUUAAAAUCGAGACGCCCCCCUCAACUUAUUUACUAACUUCUUUAUUUCUCCAAUUUUUCUCCCUACAGGAAAUCCUCUCAGAAACAUUUGGCAUGUUCGUGCAAGUGACCAAUAUAAUUUUGGUCGUCUUCCUGCCCAUGGUCAUUAUAUAUCUCAAAGGCGAGACGUUCAGUUUAAUUGGCGCAUCCACCGUAUGUUUUAUAUAUUCUUUACUCUUCCUAAAACUUUGGAGUUAUGUACAAACAAAUAUGUGGUGCCGUCAGACCUACUAUCUCAAACAGUACAAUCCCCGCGAGCGACGACCAAGCAUAACAGUAGCUGAGUUGCGAAACGGUUUCACGGGCGAUGAGGUUGACGAGGAUAUACCUAAGUUAGUACAGUAUCCAGAUAAUCUCUGUUACAAAGAUUUAUUCUACUUUCUGCUUGCACCCACGCUCUGCUAUGAGCUAAACUUCCCCAGAACUACGCGUGUACGCAAGCGUUUCUUGCUCAAACGCUUACUUGAGGUACUCUUCGGCUUCAAUGUUAUCAUGGCGCUAUUUCAACAAUGGAUAAUACCAUCUGUACGUAAUUCGCUUAUACCCUUCUCAAAUAUGGAAAUCGGUUUGGCCACUGAAAGGCUGCUCAAAUUGGCGUUACCAAAUCACCUAGUUUGGCUGUGCUUCUUUUACCUGCUGUUUCACUCAUUUCUAAAUGCUGUAGGCGAAUUAUUACAUUUCGCGGAUCGUAAUUUCUAUUGCGAUUGGUGGAAUGCCAAUAAUAUUGAUACUUUCUGGCGUACAUGGAAUAUGCCAGUGCAUAGGUGGUGCGUGCGACAUCUGUAUGUGCCAGUGGUGAAAAUGGGCUACUCACCCGCGCAAGCGUCUACUAUUGUUUUCCUAAUAAGUGCUUUCUUUCAUGAAUAUUUGGUGUCCAUUCCUCUACAAACCCAUAAAAUAUGGGCUUUUCUUGGGAUGAUGGGUCAAAUACCCCUCUCUGCUGUAUCUAAGUCGAUUGAACGUAAAAUGGGUCCACGCAUGGGUAAUAUUAUUGUGUGGGCAUCGAUAAUAUUGGGCCAACCGCUCUGUAUAAUGAUGUACUACCACGAUUAUGUGGUGACGCACUACCAUGAUGCGUUAAAUAGCACCGUUUACAAUGAGGUCUAAAUGAGUACUACGAGUAUGCGUAAUGCGUAUUUUUUUGCUUUGUGGAGAGAAAUUAGAACCGAGUACUUAGAAUGCCAUGCAUGCAAGCUAUUAAGUGUGGUAAAUACAUAGACAGAGUGAGAUAUAGACAAUGCUUUUUUAAGCAAAUUGUUAAACGGCGAUCUGCAGUGACACAAAUUGUUACUAUAAUUUGUAGGUUAUAUUUUUUUUUUACAAAUUAUAACUGAUGCACAAUACAUACAUAUAUAAGUUGUUUUUAUGCUAAAGUUGGAAUGAAUGAAGAACAAUAAGAAAACGGAAUUUUGUUUCCUUGAUAGGCUUUUAGACAUAAAUUGAAUUGUUUUGCAUUUAAAGUAGAUUUUGAUUGUUACUCGUAAGUUACAUGCUUUAAAAUAAAAUAUGUACAUACAUAUAGUAGUUGGAUUAAGUUUUGUAAAUAAAACCAAGCAAAGAAAUAAAAUAAAAGCUGAAGAGUGAUUUAA